AUGUUUGGUCAUUUUUCCGAUUUGAAGAAAUGGGCUAAAACCUUGAACAUUUUAAAAUAUCCCUAUCUAUCUAUCUAUCUAUCUAUCUAUCUAUCUAGUAACGAAGCUCUCCGUAAAUUACAUCCCACUCUCCGAGCAAAAUUGCAUCCAGUUUCCGAUGAGUUGCUUAUCGCUUCUCUCCUCUCUUUCCUUUUAGUUUUCCUCCUCCCGGACUUUCCAAACGCUAUUCACGCCAGCUCACCCCUGCAGCUUCCAGCACUCCUGCAACUUUCAGCUCACUCCUGCAGCUUCCAGCACUCCUGCAGCCUCCAGCUCAUUCCUGCAGCUUCCAGCACUCCUGCAGCCUCCAGCUCACUCCUGCAGCUUCCAGCACUCCUGCAGCCUCCAGCUCACUCCUACAGCUUCCAGCUCACUCCUGCAGCUUCCAGCACUCCUACCGCUUCCAGCUCACCCCAACAGCUUCCAGCGGCCUCCAGCUCACCCCUGCGGCGCUCUACUGACGUCCCGCUACCUAUUCCAGCACCCGCUGACGAUCUAAUCCAGCACCCACUGACGUCCAGCGCCCGUUAA